CUCAGAGUUAAACUUCUGAAGAGUGUCUGCUUCAGUGCUGUGCUCAUGGCAAACGCCUCGUGCUGCACUUUUGACUCGCCCAUCUUUGAGAAGGUCCUGCCCCCCAUCCUUUUCUUGGAAUUUGUUUUUGGCCUCUCUGGGAACGUUCUUGCCCUCUGGAUGUUCGCCUUCCACAUGGACAGCUGGAGGCCCAGUUCCAUCUAUCUGGCACACUUGGCUGUGGCCGACUCACUGGUCCUGUUCUGCUUGCCAUUCAGGGCAGACUACUACAGCCGGGGCAUGAACUGGAUCCUCGGCGACGCCUUUUGCCGCAUUCUGCUCUUCCUGCUGUCGGCCAACAGGACUGCGAGCAUCUUCUUCCUCACAGCGGUGGCUGUGGACCGCUACCUGAAGAUAGUCCAUUCGCUGAACCGCAUCAACCGUAUGGGUCUGAGCUAUGCCCUGUGGGUGUCCUGUGGAUUGUGGGUGAUCAUCAUUGCCAUGACGGUCUACCUGCUGCCCUCGCCGCACUUCGUUAGCUUCAACAAUCGCACGCAAUGUGAGAGCUUCAACAUUUGCCUGCAGAACGACCCUCAGGCCAACUGGCACAACGCCUUCUACGUCAUACAAUUCUUUGUGCCGGCCAUAAUUGUUGUUUUCUGCACAGUGUGUAUCACAAAGCAGCUGAAGAACAAGACAAUCGACACCCAAGGUAAGGUGAAGAGGGCCGUCCAGUUCAUUUUCAUUGUUGCAGGGGUCUUCAUCGUCUGCUUCUUUCCCAGCACUGCCUCUCGGAUCACCAUUUGGAUCCUGCAGGCCUGGUACCAGGACUGUGAACACUUUCAUGAAGUAAACCUGGCGUUUUAUAUAUCGGUCUGCCUCACCUAUUUCAACAGUGUCCUCAACCCACUGGUUUACUACUUCUCCACUCCUGCCUUUCGUGGAACUUUACAGAAACUAAUUAUGAAACUGAGAUGGAAAAAAACUGAAAACAACAAUGACAAUCAGACGAUAACAUGUGACACCAGUUAAAGUAGUGCUAAAAGCACGAAGCUGUGGAGGACACUGCUGAUACAUCUUACUGGAUCAGUGCGUUAUCAUCAUUUGCUGUCUCUUGGAAGCUUAUUAAUUUUAGUGAAGUGUUAUACCAGGUUUAAACUGUAGGGAUAAUUAUUUAUUUAGAGUAAAAUAUUUCUCAAAUUUCAUUAUUCUUGACCGUACAAGAAGGGUUUCUUGUAACGAC